AUGACUGGUAAGACUCCCACCAGCAACGUGACCAACAAGAAUGACCCACGCUCCCUCAACUCCAGAGUCUUCAUCGGCAACCUCAACACGGCGGCGGUAACCAAGGCCGACAUCGAGACCCUCUUCGCCAAGUACGGCAGGAUCGUGGGUUGCUCCAUCCACAAGGGCUUUGCCUUCGUCCAGUACGGCAGCGAGAGGAACGCGCGAGUGGCUGUAGCAAGAGAGAACGCCAGGGUCAUCGCUGGACAGCCCCUGGACAUCAACAUGGCAGGAGAACCGAGACCCUACAGGCCAAAGGUGGUGGGCUCCAAGAGGCCCCUCUCCUCUCUCUACAGUGGCUAUGAGUUUGACUACGACUAUUACAGAGAGGAUUUCUACAGCAGGUUAUUUGAGUAUCAUGGACGCGUGGUGGAGCCCCCCAUCCGAUCGCCGAUACCUGCCAAACGAUCUCGUGUCGUGGUCCCGUCCCUGCGGCGAAUCAAAUCUUCCUUGCCGGUCAGGACCUGCUCUGACUCCUUUUCUUCUUCCAGACCUCUUCCUCCGUCCUCGCCUCUACCUCUCACUUCUGGGUCUUCAGCUGGUAUAUUCCCAGUAAAGACCGACCAGUUGGUAACCAUCAAACAGGAGCUGUCCCAGAUUAAGACCAAGAUCGACUCUCUACUGGGGCGUCUGGAGAGGAUUGAGAGACAGCAUCGCACAGAGGCAGCAGCCCAGAGGAAACAGGGAGGAGUGUAUAAGUGUCUCCGUGCCAAGACCGCUGACCUCUCCGGAGACGUGGAGGCGGGAGAGAUGACAGACGAAGCAAACGAGGAUGUCUUUGACGAUGAAGGCACUAACGAUAUGCACAGUGUAAUCAGUGAUGGACAUGUGCUUGAAGAAGACUACCUGGGUGUGGAUGGGGGACUUGACCUUGACGGAGAAUAUCGUGGUAUGGAUGGGGGACCUGAGUUUGACGGAGAAAAUGGGGUUGUGAACGGAGUCCCUGAGUUUGACAGACCCGGAUUACAAGGGAGAUCUAGAGUGGCCCGCUCUAUCCAAGGUGGUUCGGAUGACAACUCUAUGCCUGACCUCAUUGAGGUAGAGAAAGUGAGCUACUACGGAAAAGGAAAGCCUGACGUCUCAGUGUUCUCUGUGGUGUUUAACUGGAAGACAACGUCUACUCAGUCUCUAAUACCCAGUGGAUCACAAUACAAGGCAGGUGCACAGAUCUUGGUGAACUGUGCAUCUGGAAGAGACAUGGAUGGUCCCGGAACAGCCGUGGUAGAUCGGCCUUACUACGCAGCCUGUCCUGUGGACUGUACCGGAUACAACGUGAACACUGGUGCCAGACUACAUUCCCUGGGUCUCAGUGUACUGAAGACUGAAGGUGUGAGGAUGAUGGACUUGUCAUCGGUGUCACUGAAUCUGACACUGCUCCGAGAAAGUAUGGGGGAGAUGUAA